AUGUCCUCUCACACGACUUUCAAGCGCUGGGUGGCAAAAAGCGUUCAGGGCAAAGAUGCCCAGCAAUACUACAGCCCAUGGCUCGGCCUCUACUAUAUUGGUGGGAUAUUCUUGGACGACAACGAGGUGCGAAACGGUUUUAGUCACCACCCAGACCUGGGUAUUCUGCGUGUGACCACGAAGCCAUCGGCGUGCAAGAACCUACCACUGGCGGCCAAUACACCGGCGACGGCAACCAUGUCGUUACCCUGA